CGCUCGCGCAGCCCGGACGUUUGAGAAUCGGAUUUUUUAAAUCCAAAUUUCGAAAUUCCAAUCCCGACUCCGACUGGAAAGGCCACGUGAUUGGGUUGAUUUUGUAAAAGGAACGUGUGUUAAUGAAAUUAGCAUCUCUAGUGUUGUGAACGGUGAAAAAUGUGUGAACAGUGCGUGCAGCGUUGAUUCCAGAAAAAAGGAUUUAUUUGUGCGUUUUUGGCGCAUGUGUGAUGCAUUUCGAGUGUUAUGGCAACGUUGCAGUAACGUACUGACAGUUAACUGAGAAUUCAAAAUGGCGGAAGCGGAGGGAGGAGCAAGCGAGCAAGAUGAUGUUUCAUUCUUGCGUACGGAAGACAUGGUCUGCCUGUCAUGCACGGCGACUGGCGAGAGAGUGUGUUUGGCGGCCGAGGGGUUCGGUAACCGACACUGUUUCCUCGAGAACAUCGCCGAUAAGAACAUACCGCCAGAUCUAUCACAGUGUGUGUUUGUCAUCGAACAGGCUUUAUCAGUAAGAGCGUUGCAAGAGUUGGUGACGGCUGCAGGGUCUGAAACUGGAAAAGAAAACUUAGGUAAAGGCACCGGUUCUGGUCAUCGUACCCUGUUGUACGGCAAUGCUAUCCUACUACGACAUCUCAACAGUGACAUGUACCUGGCCUGUCUGUCGACUUCUUCAUCUCAGGACAAGCUGGCCUUUGACGUGGGUCUGCAAGAGCAUUCGCAGGGUGAAGCCUGCUGGUGGACGCUGCACCCUGCCAGCAAACAAAGAUCUGAGGGUGAGAAAGUCCGAGUCGGUGAUGACUUGAUUCUGGUAUCUGUGGCUACUGAAAGAUACUUGCACACUACAAAAGAAAAUGAAGUAUCGAUAGUGAACGCUUCAUUCCACGUGACUCACUGGUCAGUGCAACCAUACGGUACUGGCAUCUCUCGUAUGAAGUACGUGGGUUAUGUCUUCGGAGGUGAUGUCCUGAGGUUCUUCCACGGAGGAGACGAGUGUCUCACCAUACCCAGUACGUGGACUAAAGAUGGGGGACAGAAUAUUGUUGUCUACGAGGGCGGUUCCGUGAUGUCACAAGCUCGUUCACUAUGGCGCUUAGAACUAGCUCGCACCAAGUGGGCAGGAGGCUUCAUCAACUGGUACCACCCAAUGCGAAUCCGACACAUCACGACUGGCAGAUACCUCGGAGUCAAUGACCAGAAUGAGCUGUAUUUAGUUAGCAGAGAGGAAGCCACAACAGCGUCCUGCGCGUUCUGCCUCCGCCAAGAGAAGGACGAUCAGAAGCAGGUGCUGGAAGACAAGGACCUGGAAGUUAUAGGCGCUCCGAUCAUCAAGUAUGGUGACUCCACUGUCAUUGUACAGCAUUCAGAGACUGGGUUGUGGCUCUCUUAUAAGUCGUACGAGACAAAGAAGAAAGGAGUAGGUAAAGUAGAAGAGAAGCAAGCGAUCCUUCACGAGGAAGGCAAGAUGGACGACGGACUAGACUUCUCAAGGUCACAAGAGGAGGAGUCCAGGACUGCUAGAGUCAUUAGGAAGUGUUCGUCUCUGUUCACCAAGUUUAUCAAUGGUCUUGAAACUCUGCAAGAGAACCGUCGUCAUUCGAUGUUCUUCGCGUCAGUUAAUCUUGGGGAGAUGGUGAUGUGCCUCGAGGAUCUGAUCAACUACUUCGCUCAGCCAGAUGAGGAUAUGGAGCACGAAGAAAAACAGAACAAAUUCCGCGCGCUCCGAAACCGUCAGGACCUGUUCCAAGAGGAAGGUAUCCUCAACCUGAUCCUCGAAGCCAUCGACAAGAUCAACGUCAUCACAUCGCAGGGUUUCUUGGCUGGGUUCCUGGCUGGAGACGAGUCUGGACAGAGCUGGGAGAUGAUCUCGGGGUACCUGUAUCAGUUGCUUGCGGCCAUAAUAAAGGGCAACCACACGAACUGCGCGCAGUUCGCCAACUCGAACCGCCUGAACUGGUUGUUCUCCCGGCUCGGCUCGCAGGCGUCGGGCGAGGGGACCGGCAUGUUGGACGUACUACACUGCGUGCUCAUUGACUCGCCUGAAGCUUUGAAUAUGAUGAGGGAUGAACACAUAAAAGUAAUUAUCUCCCUCCUUGAGAAGCACGGUCGUGACCCGAAAGUACUAGAUGUCCUAUGUUCACUCUGCGUCGGUAACGGGGUGGCGGUCCGUUCGUCACAGAACAAUAUCUGCGACUAUUUACUGCCUGGCAAGAACUUGCUAUUGCAGACUGCCUUAGUAGACCAUGUGUCCAGUGUUCGUCCAAAUAUCUUCGUGGGACGUGUAGAAGGGUCGGCAGUGUACCGUAAAUGGUACUUUGAAGUGACCAUGGACCACAUCGAGAAGACCACACAUAUGAUGCCGCAUCUUAGAAUCGGAUGGGCUAAUACUACUGGCUACGUUCCCUACCCUGGUGGUGGUGAGAAGUGGGGAGGUAACGGUGUGGGAGAUGAUCUAUACUCGUAUGGUUUCGAUGGAGCAUACCUCUGGUCUGGUGGCAGGAAGACGCAGGUUAACAGGACCCACGCUGAAGAACCUUAUAUUAGGAAAGGUGAUGUCAUCGGCUGCGCCUUAGACCUGACAGUGCCUAUCAUCAACUUCAUGUUCAACGGCGUGAGAGUGACAGGCUCCUUCACGAACUUCAACCUGGAGGGCAUGUUCUUCCCUGUCAUCAGCUGUUCGAGCAAGCUGAGUUGUCGUUUCCUCCUGGGAGGCGAGCACGGUCGGCUCCGUUACGCGGCCCCGGAGGGGUACUCUCCCCUGGUGGAGUCGCUCCUUCCUCAACAGAUCCUCAGCCUGGAGCCAUGCUUCUACUUCGGGAACUUGUCCAAGCGAGCUCUGGCUGGUCCACCGCUAGUACAGGAUGAUACAGCUUUCGUGCCAACUCCUGUUGAUACGCUGCAGAUACCAUUACCUUCAUACGUGGAACAGAUCAGAGACAAGCUAGCUGAAAAUAUUCAUGAAAUGUGGGCCAUGAACAAGAUCGAAGCAGGUUGGAUGUACGGAGACCAGCGCGAUGACUUGCACAAGAUCCACCCCUGCCUGGUCCCCUUCGAGCGCCUGCCUCCCGCGGAGAAGAGAUACGACAUACAACUUGCUGUGCAAACACUCAAGACAAUCCUGGCCCUAGGCUACUACAUCAGCUUAGACAAGCCGCCGGCGCGCAUACGCAACGUUCGUCUGCCGAACGAACCGUUCAUGCAGUCAAACGGCUACAAGCCAGCACCCCUGGACCUGAGUGCUGUCACCCUGACACCCAAGAUGGACGAGCUCGUGGACCAACUCGCUGAGAACACUCACAAUCUAUGGGCCAGGGAGAGGAUCCAGCAGGGCUGGACAUAUGGACUUAAUGAGGACCCCGACAUGCACCGUUCCCCCCACCUGGUGCCCUACCCGAAGGUAGACGAUGCCAUAAAGAAGGCCAACAGAGAUACUGCCUCGGAGACUGUGAGGACUUUACUAGUCUACGGAUACAACCUGGACCCACCCACUGGAGAACAGCAUGAAGCCCUCUUGUUAGAAGCAUCAAAACAGAAGCAAGCAGAGUUCAGAACGUACAGAGCUGAAAAGAACUAUGCUGUCGGCUCCGGAAAGUGGUACUUCGAGUUCGAAAUCCUUACAGCUGGGCCGAUGAGGGUGGGUUGGGCCCAUGCCGAUAUGGCUCCAGGCAUGAUGCUUGGCCAAGACGAAAACUCCUGGGCAUUCGAUGGUUACAAUGAGGAAAAAGUGUUCAGCGGUAGCACAGAAUCGUUCGGCAAGCAAUGGUCUGUGGGAGACGUAGUCGGCGUGUUCCUAGAUCUCAUUGAUAAGACGAUAAGUUUCUCUCUGAACGGAGAGCUGUUGAUGGACGCUCUCGGUGGAGAGACCACAUUCGCAGAUGUUCAGGGCGAUAACUUCGUACCAGCUUGCACUUUGGGAGUGGGACAGAAAGCCAGAUUAACAUACGGUCAAGAUGUGAACACCCUGAAAUAUUUCACGACGUGCGGUCUUCAGGAGGGCUAUGAGCCAUUCUGUGUCAACAUGAAACGCGACGUGACACACUGGUACACGAAGGACCAGCCCAUCUUCGAGAACACGGACGAGAUGAUCGACACCAGGAUUGAUGUUACUAGGAUACCUGCUGGAUCUGACACGCCACCGUGCUUGAAAAUAUCUCACAACACAUUCGAGACUAUGGAAAAAGCGAACUGGGAGUUCUUGCGACUGUCACUACCCGUCAUCUGCCACAACGAGUUUAUCGAUGAAGCAGAAAAAGCCAGGCGCUGGGUGGAAAUCAAGGAACGCCAGCAGAUUCUGAUGAAGGAGGCCGUGGAAGCUCAGAUGCCUGCUCACAUCGACCAGAUCAUGAGGAGUGGCUUCACCAUGAAUGAUAUUAAAGGUUUGCACUACGAGGACAAUCAGGAAGAGGUCCCAAGUUCGAAGGUCAAGCGGCAACCGUCGAGACCUCCACGUAAGGGUUCGAUGACCAGAGGCGUGUCUAUACAAAAUUACAAUAAUUUACAACCAGGUCAAGUAAACGGUAUGCAUCGGUCGACCAGUGAGGCUGAGAUGGCUAAAUACGACUUGGGAGCACAGAACUUGAGUCCUGAUGAUAAGAAGGAUAAACGAGGACGGUCACCUUUCAAGUUCUUCAGAAGCAAACGAGGUGAAAGCAGCGACCGUGCCAAGAGUCGUAAGUCCAAGACACCAGAUCCAUUCAGUGACACCGAAGUAUCCCCUGAACGUGGACCUCGAAGACCAAACCCUCAGAUCAAAGUGUCACAGGCGAAUCAAAGAUAUAACGGCAUGAACGCGCGCCCUAGUCGGACCAACUUGUACGGAAGCCAAGUUGGUCUCAACAUGGCGACGCCUACGCAAGACAGGAAACAAAUGACUACGAGCACUCUUGCGCAGUCUACGACGGAAACUGUUGGCAAUGAGAUCUUCGACGCUGAGUGCUUGAAGCUCAUCAAUGAAUACUUUUAUGGAGUUAGGAUAUUCCCCGGUCAAGAUCCGACACAUGUGUACAUAGGUUGGGUGACGACCCAGUACCAUCUUCACUCCAAGGACUUCAACCAGAGCAAGGUGACCAAGUCAUCGGUUAUCAUCACCGAUGAUUACGACAGGGUUAUCGAAAAUGUAAACCGCCAAUCCUGCUACAUGGUGCGCGCUGACGAGCUGUACAACGAGGUGAUGGCUGAAGCCACAGCUAAGGGAGCGUCCCAAGGCAUGUUCAUUGGGUGCUCCGUGGAUACCUCCACUGGCACUGUCUCCUUUACUUGUGAGGGCAAGGAUACUAGCUUUAAAUUCAAGAUGGAACCAGAAACGAAGCUGUUCCCAGCAAUCUUCGUGGAGGCGACGUCGAAGGAGAUCCUCCAGAUAGAACUGGGAAGGUCUACCACCAGCCUGCCUCUGUCGGCCGCAGUGCUCCCGACCAGUGACAAGCACGUCAUCCCCCAGUUCCCCCCCAGGUUGAAAGUGCAGUGCUUGAAGCCACAUCAGUGGGCUAGAGUACCGAACCAAUCCUUACAAGUACACGCUCUGAAGUUGUCAGACAUCCGCGGUUGGUCCAUGCUGUGUGAGGAUGCAGUGUCUAUGCUAGCGUUGCAUAUACCAGAGGAAGACCGUUGCAUAGACAUUCUAGAACUAAUAGAAAUGGACAAACUUCUAAGUUUCCACUCACACACACUCACGCUGUAUGCCGCAUUGUGUUACCAGAGUAACUAUAGGGCGGCGCACGCGCUGUGCACGCACGUGGACCAGAAGCAGUUGCUGUACGCGAUCCAGUCGCAGUACAUGUCGGGCCCGCUGCGACAAGGCUUCUACGAUCUACUCAUCGCGCUGCAUCUCGAGUCACAUGCUACCACCAUGUAUGUAUCACUGCAAUUUCUAUUUUCCCGUUUCAGUGAAAGCAUAACAGACAUUAGCAACCUAUACUCGCCGUACUUCCCGCUGGAGGUGGUCCGUGAGUUCGUGAUGCAAGCUCUGGCGGAGGCCGUGGAGACCAACCAGGUCCAUAACAGGGAUCCUGUAGGAGGCAGCAAUGAGAACCUGUUCCUGCCAUUAAUAAAGCUAGUAGACCGACUACUCUUAGUCGGAAUGAUGCGCGAUGAAGAUGUUGAGAAGCUGCUCAUCAUGACUAACCCAGAAACGUGGGACCCUUCGUUUGACAAAGAAGGUAAAGACGAGCACCGCAAAGGUCUACUUCACAUGAAAAUGGCCGAAGGCGCAAAGUUACAGAUGUGUUACCUACUACAACAUCUGAACGACAUACAGCUGAGACACAGGGUCGAAGCUAUCAUUGCGUUUGCGCAUGACUUCGUUGGAGAUCUACAGACUGAUCAGUUGAGACGUUACACAGAGAUCAAGCAGUCAGACCUGCCCAGCGCGGUAGCAGCUAAGAAGACGAGAGAGUUCCGUUGCCCACCCAGAGAACAAAUGAACGCAAUCUUGAGUUUCAAGCACUUGGAAGAAGAAGACAAAGAGAACUGUCCAUGUGGAGAGGAACUUAUCGCCAGGAUGAACGAGUUCCACGAGAGUCUGAUGGCACAUGUGUCGCUUAAUGCUUUACAGGAACCGGAUGGCACGGAGAACCAAGAACCUGAAGCGAAACCAGGUGCCUUUGGCAAGUUGUACAACAUCAUCAACACUGUGAAGGAACUUGAAGAAGAACCCAAGGCUAUCGAUGAGCCACCAAAGAAGACCCCAGAAGAGAAGUUCCGUAAGGUCUUAAUCCAGACCAUCGUCAACUGGGCUGAGGAGUCGCAGAUUGAAACUCCCAAACUGGUCAGGGAGAUGUUCAGUCUCCUAGUCCGUCAAUACGACGCAGUGGGCGAGUUGAUCCGUGCCCUGGAGAAGACGUACGUCAUCAAUGCGAAGACCAAGUUGGACGUGGCAGAGAUGUGGGUCGGACUCAGUCAGAUCCGAGCUCUUCUACCGGUACAGAUGAGUCAGGAGGAAGAGGAACUUAUGCGGAAGAGGCUUUGGAAACUCGUCAACAACCACACGUUUUUCCAACAUCCAGACUUGAUAAGAGUGCUCCGCGUGCACGAGAACGUGAUGGCGGUGAUGAUGAACACGCUGGGCCGCCGCGCGCAGGCGCAGUCCGACGCGCAGCCCGCCUCGCCGCCCGUCGCAGAGGACAACAAGGAGAAGGACACAUCCCACGAGAUGGUAGUAGCGUGUUGUCGUUUCCUCUGCUACUUCUGUCGUACGGGACGACAGAACCAGAAGGCAAUGUUCGAUCACUUCGACUUCCUGCUGGAGAACUCCAACAUCUUGCUGUCCAGACCCUCGUUGAGAGGUUCCACGCCUCUAGACGUGGCGUAUUCCAGUUUGAUGGAGAAUACUGAGCUGGCUUUGGCUUUGAGGGAGCACUACCUAGAAAAGAUAGCAGUGUACCUUUCUCGCUGUGGACUACAGAGCAACUCGGAGCUCGUCGAGAAAGGAUACCCGGACCUUGGGUGGGAUCCAGUCGAGGGCGAACGUUACCUGGACUUCCUACGAUUCUGUGUCUGGGUUAACGGUGAAAGCGUAGAAGAGAACGCGAACUUAGUGAUCCGUCUUCUGAUCCGUCGUCCAGAGUGCUUGGGUCCCGCCCUCAGAGGAGAGGGUGAGGGUCUACUGAAGGCCAUCGUAGACGCUAAUAAAAUGAGUGAGAGGAUCGCAGACAGGAGGAAACUGAGGGAGAUGGAGCAAGAAGGGGAUAUUAAUUUCAGUCACCCGCUCCCCGAGUCCGACGAGGACGAGGACUACAUCGACACUGGCGCCGCCAUACUUAACUUCUACUGUACUCUAGUGGACUUGCUGGGACGGUGCGCGCCUGAUGCAGGGGUUAUUGCACUGGGCAAAAACGAGUCCCUCCGAGCCCGCGCCAUCCUCCGUUCCUUGGUGCCCCUGGAGGACCUGCAGGGAGUGCUGAGUCUGAGGUUCACGCUCAACAACCCCGCUGCAGGAGAGGAGAGACCUAAGUCUGACAUGCCGUCAGGGCUGAUCCCCGGCCACAAGCAGAGCGUGGGUCUGUUCCUGGAGCGAGUGUACGGCAUAGAGACCCAGGAACUGUUCUACAAGUUGUUGGAGGAAGCGUUCCUACCUGACCUCAGGGCGGCUACCAUGCUGGAUAGGAACGACGGUUGCGAGUCCGACAUGGCUCUCUCGAUGAACCGCUACAUCGGGAACUCCAUCCUGCCUCUACUGAUCAAACACGCCUACUUCUACAACGAGGCCGAGAACUACGCCAGUCUCCUGGACGCCACGCUACAUACUGUUUAUAGGUUAUCAAAGAACCGCAUGUUAACCAAGGGUCAGCGUGAGGCGGUGUCAGACUUCCUAGUCGCCCUAACAUCGGCCAUGCAGCCUUCUAUGUUGUUGAAACUAUUGAGGAAACUGACAGUGGAUGUGUCCAAGCUGUCGGAGUACACGACUGUCGCUCUUAGGCUUCUAACCCUUCACUACGAGCGUUGUGCCAAGUACUACGGUAGUACAGGAGCCGGCCAAGGCGUGUACGGAGCAUCAUCAGACGAGGAGAAGAGGCUCACCAUGAUGCUAUUCUCAAACAUCUUCGAUUCCCUCAGCAAGAUGGACUAUGAGCCUGAACUCUUUGGGAAGGCGUUGCCAUGUUUGAUUGCUAUUGGAUGCGCUUUACCACCCGAUUAUUCGCUUUCCAAGAACUAUGACGAUGAAUUCUACGGCAAAGAACAAGUAGCUGGUGACCUAGACAAUCCUCAAUACGACCCUCAGCCGAUCAACACAUCAUCAGUAGCCCUCAACAAUGACUUAAACACAAUAGUCCAGAAGUUCUCAGAACAUUACCACGAUGCCUGGGCUUCUAGGAAGAUCGAGAACGGAUGGGUCUACGGAGAAGGAUGGUCUGAUAGCCAGAAGACGCAUCCACGACUGAAACCGUAUAAUAUGCUUAAUGACUAUGAAAAGGAGCGUUACAAGGAACCAGUUCGUGAAUCUUUGAAAGCCCUUCUAGCCAUCGGAUGGUCAGUGGAACAUUCAGAAGUGGACAUACCAAGCACCAACCGCAGUUCCAUGAGAAGGCAAUCCAAAUCGGGAGGCCGCCCUCCCGAUAUUGUGACGGACUCAGCAACUCCCUUCAACUACAACCCGCACCCAGUAGACAUGACCAACUUGACGCUAUCAAGAGAGAUGCAGAAUAUGGCAGAAAGACUGGCUGAUAAUGCCCACGAUAUCUGGGCUAAGAAGAAGAAAGAAGAGCUUGUUACUAAUGGAGGAGGUAUCCACCCACAACUCGUACCCUAUGAUCUCUUAACAGACAAAGAGAAGAAGAAGGACAGAGAGAGAUCGCAAGAGUUCCUCAAAUAUUUACAAUACCAGGGUUACAAACUACACAGGCCAAGCAAGGCACCACAGAGUGAUACGGAACAGACCACUACGGGCGUAGCAAUAGAGCUCAGAUUCGCAUACUCGUUACUGGAGAAGUUGAUACAGUAUAUAGAUAGAGCGACCAUCAAUAUGAAGCUCUUGAAACCUUCUACUACUUUCAGUAGGAGAACUAGUUUUAAAACUAGUACGAGGGAUAUUAAGUUCUUUUCUAAGGUGGUGCUGCCUCUGAUGGAGAAGUACUUCUCAACGCAUAGAAACUACUUCAUAGCAGUAGCUACUGCUACCAACAAUGUGGGUGCUGCCAGUUUAAAGGAGAAAGAGAUGGUUGCAGCCCUAUUCUGUAAACUGGCCAGUUUACUUAGAUCUAGACUCGCAGCUUUCGGUCCUGAUGUCCGCAUCACCGUCCGUUGUCUCCAAGUGCUGGUCAAAGGCAUCGACGCCAAGUCUCUGGUGAAGAACUGCCCCGAGUUCAUCAGGACAUCCAUGUUGACCUUCUUCAAUAAUGUCGCUGAUGAUGUAGGGCAUACCAUCAUGAAUCUUCAGGAUGGUAAAUACGCACAUCUCCGAGGUACACACUUGAAGACUUCCACUUCACUUGGCUACAUCAACGGAGUUCUACUACCAAUACUGACGGCCAAGUUUGAUCACUUGGCCAACUGCGAGUACGGAGCUGACCUACUAUUGGAUGAGAUCCAAGUGGCUUCAUACAAAAUGCUGGGUUCACUGUACGCUUUAGGCACUGACGCGUCCCUCACACACGACAGAAAAUACCUCAAGACUGAAAUCGAGAGACAUAAACCUGCUUUGGGUUCGUGCCUCGGUGCGUUCAGCUCGACAUUCCCAGUGGCGUUCUUGGAGCCCCACUUGAACAAACACAAUCAGUUCUCCUUGCUGAACAGGAUCGCUGACCACUCUUUGGAGGCUCAAGAUAUAAUGCAGAAAAUGGAACAAUGCAUGCCGACACUAGAAACGAUCUUGGGUGAAGUGGACCAGUUCGUGGAGUCUGAUAAGACUUACAACGAAGCUCCUCAUAUUAUUGAUGUGGUGUUGCCUUUACUCUGCUCUUACUUGCCGUUCUGGUGGGCACAGGGACCUGAUAACGUUACUCCUACUGGAGGCAACCAUGUAACAAUGGUGACAGCAGAACACAUGAACCAACUUCUAAAGAACGUUCUGAAGCUUAUCAAGAAGAACAUAGGCAAUGAGAACGCUCCAUGGAUGACGCGCAUAGCUACCUACACCCAACAGAUCAUCAUCAACAGUUCAGAGGAACUCCUCAGGGACUCCUUCCUUCCUCUCGCUGAGAGGGUCCGAAAGAGGACCGAUAAUAUGUUCCAUAAGGAGGAGAGCUUGAGAGGAUUUAUUAAGUCAUCAACUGACGAUACAUCUCAAGUAGAAUCUCAAAUCCAAGAAGACUGGCAGCUGUUGGUUCGUGACAUUUAUUCCUUCUACCCACUGCUCAUCAAAUAUGUAGACUUACAAAGAAACCACUGGCUCAGGAACAACGUGCCAGAGGCUGAAGAGCUUUACAACCACGUAGCUGAAAUUUUCAACAUCUGGUCCAAGAGUCAGUACUUCUUGAAAGAAGAGCAGAACUUCAUAUCUGCUAAUGAGAUUGAUAACAUGGUACUGAUCAUGCCAACAGCAACUAGAAGGGUAACAGCAGUUGUAGACGGUACUCCACAAGCCGGUGGCAAGAAAAAGAAGAAGCACCGCGAUAAGAAGCGAGAUAAAGACAAAGAAGUCCAAGCCUCUCUAAUGGUGGCCUGUCUCAAAAGACUUCUGCCAGUAGGCCUGAACCUCUUCGCAGGUAGAGAGCAGGAACUGGUACAGCAUUGCAAAGACAGGUUCCUGAAGAAAAUGUCUGAACAAGAUGUAGCUGAAUUUGCGAAAACACAAUUGACAUUGCCUGAUAAAAUUGACCCAGCUGAUGAAAUGUCUUGGCAACAUUAUUUGUAUAGCAAACUGGGUUCUAAGAGUAAAACGAAUAUAACUGUUGAGACUGCUGAGAAUAAAGCUAAAAUAAUUGAUGACACCGUGGAAAGGAUUGUUGCUAUGAGCAAAGUGCUGUUUGGAUUACAUAUGAUUGACCAUCCCCAACAAAUGAGUAAGAAUGUCUACCGUUCAGUGGUGUCUAUCCAACGUAAGCGAGCUGUCAUCGCUUGCUUCAGACAAACGUCGCUACAUUCUCUGCCGAGACAUCGAGCGUGUAAUAUAUUCGCUCGAACAUAUUACGAGCUGUGGCUGGAAGAAGAGAACGUUGGCCAAGAAGUCAUGAUUGAAGAUCUUACGCAAUCGUUCGAAGACGCGGAGCUGAAGAAGAGCGACGGUGAGGAGGAGGGAGAGAAGCCUGAUCCUCUGACACAGCUAGUCACCACCUUCUGCAGGGGAGCCAUGACUGAGAGAUCUGGAGCGUUGCAGGAGGAUCCCCUCUACAUGUCUUACGCACACAUCAUAGCGAAGUCCUGUGGAGAAGAAGAGGAAGAAGGGGGCGGGGAAGAAGAAGAGGGCGGGGGUGAAGCCGAGGCAGAAGAUGAGGGCAGAGCCAGUAUACAUGAACAAGAAAUGGAAAAACAGAAGCUCCUCUUCCAUCAAGCUCGUCUAGCGAACAGGGGUGUGGCAGAGAUGGUGCUCCUCCAUAUAUCUGCGUCCAAGGGGCUACCUAGCGAGAUGGUGAUGAAGACUCUACAGCUGGGAAUCUCUAUACUUAGGGGAGGCAAUAUUGAUAUACAGAUGGGUAUGCUGAACCAUCUGAAAGACAAAAAAGACGUCGGUUUCUUCACUUCGAUAGCUGGUCUCAUGAACUCCUGUUCCGUGCUCGAUCUGGACGCCUUCGAGAGGAAUACUAAGGCUGAAGGUCUGGGAGUGGGCCUGGAAGGCGCGGCAGGUGAGAAGAACAUGCACGACGCGGAGUUCACGUGCGCACUGUUCCGGUUCAUACAACUUACUUGUGAAGGACACAACUUGGACUGGCAGAACUAUCUCAGAACGCAGGCUGGUAACACGACGACAGUGAACGUCGUCAUCUGUACCGUCGACUAUCUGCUGCGGCUACAGGAGUCCAUCAUGGACUUCUACUGGCAUUACUCCAGCAAGGAGUUAAUCGAUCCAGCUGGCAAGGCGAACUUCUUCAAGGCGAUAGGUGUCGCGUCCCAAGUGUUCAACACUCUCACUGAGGUCAUCCAGGGACCUUGUACACAGAACCAACAGGCUCUGGCACACUCUAGGUUAUGGGACGCAGUAGGUGGUUUCCUGUUCCUAUUCUCCCACAUGCAGGACAAGUUGUCGAAACACUCGUCCCAGGUGGACCUGCUGAAGGAACUCCUCAACCUGCAGAAGGAUAUGAUCACUAUGAUGCUGUCUAUGCUGGAAGGAAACGUUGUUAACGGCACUAUCGGUAAGCAGAUGGUGGAUACGCUAGUAGAAUCUGCAUCCAACGUGGAGCUGAUCCUGAAAUACUUCGACAUGUUCCUGAAACUGAAGGACCUGACAUCUAGCGCCAGCUUCCAGGAGAUUGAUGCUAAUAAUGAUGGAUGGGUGCUGCCUAAGGACUUUAAGGAGAAGAUGGAACAGCAGAAGAGUUAUACACCUGAAGAAAUCGAGUUCCUCCUAGCAUGCUGUGAGACGAACCACGAUGGGAAACUGGACUACAUCGGCUUCUGUGACCGGUUCCAUGAACCUGCCAAGGAGAUCGGGUUCAACUUGGCUGUACUGCUCACCAAUUUGUCUGAACAUAUGCCUAAUGAACCCAGGUUGGCCCGUUUCCUAGAGACAGCUGGUUCUGUCCUGAACUACUUCGAGCCAUUCCUCGGUCGCAUCGAGAUCAUGGGCGGCUCCAAGCGGAUAGAGCGAGUCUACUUCGAGAUCAAGGAGUCUAACAUCGAACAGUGGGAGAAACCACAGAUUAAGGAAUCCAAACGCGCAUUCUUCUACAGCAUAGUAACAGAAGGAGGAGACAAGGAGAAGUUGGAGGCCUUCGUCAACUUCUGUGAGGACGCCAUCUUUGAAAUGACUCACGCGUCCGGACUCAUGGCCGCGUCCGAGGAGUCUGUCGGGGGAACCAAGAAUAGGGAGGCUAGCUACAUGUAUAUGGGAGAUGAUGAUGAUGAGAGAGCCGGCAAAGAUCCAUUCCGUCGUGGUCUCCAAUCAGUAAAAGACGGCAUCUACACAGCAUUCUCAUCCUUAUCCCCAUCGAACAUAAAGGCGAAAAUCGCAGAUCUCCAACAAAUGCCGCCAGCAGAACUUGCAGUGGGCUUCUUCAAAAUGUUCUUCCUAUUAUUCUAUUACUUGGGCUACGGAAUGCUCGUCGUGAUCAGGUACAUAUUCGGCGUCCUUCUCGGUCUGAUGAGAGGUCCACAGACGGACGAACCGCCGCCCGAACCGACAGAGGAGGAGAAAAUCGGUCAGUUAAGACACAGGUUGCUAGCCACACAAAGUUCUCGACAUCUACCAGCGUUACCACCAGCUGACGACACUGGGCAGAUGCAGGUCUCCGCAUUCGGACUGGAUAUCACUAAAGAAGACAAUGGACAGAUACAGGUAAAACCGCACGAGUCACCGAGCACAUCAACGCCAUCUUCCGGCGAGGAGGCUGAAGUAUCUCCUGAUGAGAACGCCGACCAUCCUGAGGAACAGAGACCACCGUCACUCAUCGAUCUACUUGGAGGAGAACAAGCGAAGAAGCAGGCUCAAGAACGUAUGGAAGCGCAGGCUGCCCAACAAGCUGCUAUGUCCGCUAUUGAAGCUGAGAGCAAAAAGGCAGUCCAAGGUCCGGCUCCAUCAGCGUUAUCACAAGUGGACCUGUCCCAGUACACCAGGCGUGCGGUCUCCUUCUUGGCUCGAAACUUCUAUAAUUUGAAAUACGUCGCCCUCGUCUUGGCUUUCUGUAUCAACUUUGUACUGCUGUUCUAUAAGGUGUCUACGUUGGACGCGGAAGGUGGCGAGGGUUCUGGUCUGGGCGAUAUCAUCGCUGGAUCUGGAUCGGGCUCAGGAUCUGGCAGUGGAGAUGGUGGUAGCGGUGAAUCAGGUGAAGACGACGAUGCUUUAGAAGUGGUACAUAUAGACGAGGACUUCUUCUACAUGGAGCAUGUCAUCAAAGUGGCCGCCGUACUGCACUCCAUCGUGUCUCUGGCUAUACUUAUUGGAUAUUACCAUCUUAAGGUGCCACUAGCUAUCUUCAAGCGUGAGAAAGAGAUCGCCCGUAAGCUGGAGUUUGAUGGUCUUUACAUCGCUGAGCAGCCAGAAGACGACGACCUCAAGAGCCACUGGGAUAAACUUGUUAUAUCUGCCAAAUCGUUCCCGGUGAACUAUUGGGAUAAGUUCGUGAAGAAGAAGGUUCGUGCCAAGUACUCCGAGACUUAUGACUUCGACUCCAUAUCCAACAUGCUGGGCAUGGAGAAGACUUCCUUCUCUGCUCAAGAAGAAGAAGGCAGCAAGGGACUGAUUCAUUACAUAAUCAAUAUAGACUGGCGUUACCAAGUAUGGAAGGCGGGAGUGACGAUCACAGACAACUCCUUCCUCUAUUCUCUAUGGUACUUCUCAUUCUCCGUGAUGGGUAACUUCAACAACUUCUUCUUCGCUGCCCAUCUACUAGAUGUCGCUGUUGGAUUCAAAACUUUGAGAACCAUUCUACAGUCCGUCACGCAUAAUGGAAAACAGCUGGUCCUGACGGUGAUGCUGCUUACCAUCAUAGUGUAUAUCUAUACCGUGAUAGCGUUCAACUUCUUCCGCAAGUUCUACGUGCAGGAGGAAGACGACGAGGUCAAUAGGAACUGCCAUGAUAUGCUUACGUGCUUCGUAUUCAACCUGUAUAAAGGAGUACGAGCCGGCGGCGGUAUUGGCGACGAGCUGGAGCCGCCCGAUGGAGACGACUCCGAGGUCUACCGCAUCAUAUUCGACAUCACAUUCUUCUUCUUCAUCAUCGUCAUCCUGCUGGCUAUUCUGCAGGGUUUGAUCAUCGACGCGUUCGGUGAACUGCGUGAUCAGUUGGAGUCGGUGAAGGAAGACAUGGAGUCCAACUGCUUCAUCUGUGGCAUUAAUAAAGACUAUUUUGAUAAAGUGCCGCACGGGUUCGACACUCACGUCCAGAGAGAGCAUAAUCUAGCGAACUACAUGUUCUUCCUUAUGCAUCUCAUUAAUAAGCCCGAUACGGAAUAUACAGGUCAAGAAACGUAUGUAUGGAAUAUGUACACGCAACGAUGCUGGGACUUCUUCCCUGUCGGAGACUGCUUCAGGAAACAGUAUGAAGAUCUAAUGGGAGAAUAGACAACUACACCAUAAACAAUCUCGCUUAAACGUAGCAAUUUCAAAUUUAUUGCUCAAAGUGAACACCAAUGAAUAGAAAUAAUCUAUUGCAACUUUCUUACACGUCGGUACAAUAAUUUUGUAAAUAAAUCUGUAUUUUUUUCUUCGUAUUUAUGUUUGAAUAAACAUGGCGUGUUAAUGUUUAUAUAAUCUAUGUAUGUACGAUAAAGAAUUACGGUUGUGGAUUACAGAGGAAAUUAAAACAAAAAUCCAGUAUUUAAUUGAGAAAAUUGUCCUUGAAAGAAAUAGCUUCAACAUAAAUUGUAUUAUUCUUGCGAUUUCUCGUCGAAAAUCCUAAAUAAAACUUUAGAAACAGACAAACGGUUUUAUCUAUAUCUUUAAAUAAGUCUAACAUAAGGUGGCCUUUCCAUGUAAACUUUUCUAUUUUUAACUAUUUCGAUAUAAUAAUAUGUAUAAGGUAAAUAA